CAUAUAAUAAAAUAUGAUGUAUAAUAAUAAUAUAGGAGUCAAGACCCAUGACUUCAAAUGUACUACCUUCGUCAAACAUCUCCCAUAUUAAGUUCUGCGAAACACUUUAGUCCUUAAUCCUUUAUUCUUUCUAUCUGAAACUGCCCAAACAAUCAUGCCAAGAUGGUUGCAUACAUUUAUCGUGCCAAUUCUUUUCGGCUCUUUCUCAAUAUUAAUCCUGGUAAUACUACUUAUCCGUCGACGCUUUUUCUCUGACCGAAUUACGGUCACACAACUUAAAACCAUUAAUUCUUUGUCACAAACAGAGUUAGUCAUUAAACAACGCCCAAGUUACCAAUUAUUUGGGCGUGUUUCUAACCCUAAAUCGUACUUCAAUUGGGCUGAUCAUCCAUCAUUGAUCACAGAUGCUGUUGAAAAUGGUUGGUCCAGAUUUGCUUUCACAACUUGCACCCCAUAUCCAUCCGUUAAAUCCUAUUUAUUUGGCAGUUUGCGUGUAACAGGGGAGAAUUAUACCCAGAAUACAGAAACUAAUGAUUGUUCAGAAGUAGAAGAGAGUUGGGAAAUCGGUGAAGAAUCAGUGGAUUUCAUGCAAAAAAUACAGUUUAAAAUCAAAAACAGAGCAUUUACAAAGACGAUUCGAAUGGAGUUACCUUUACCCGGUCCGCCAUUGAUGAAUUCGUUCCCUGAAGAGGCGUAUUUUGAGAUAAUGGUGGUGAAUUUGAGUGAAGAAACUGGGAAGAAAUUGAGCAAUGGGGAAGGGGAGAAAACGAAGCUGCUUUUUGAGCAGAGUAAAGUAGUAGUCGGUAAAAGAGGUGGUGGUGGAGAUAGCGACGGUAGUAGUGGUGUUACGGUGACGAUUGGACUUACGGUUGGUGGGUAUGUGACGACGAGAAUUCCUGGGACUUAUUCUGGCUCUAUUGGUUUCAAUUCUGACGGUUCUGUUUUUCUUGGUGGUAUGAAACUAGUGUUUGAAUCAGAAAAGGAAAAUUGGGGUAAAAGUGGGAAGAUAAUUGGUUGUGGAUUUAAUCCAAAGAAAAAGAAAGUAUAUUUCACAGUAGACUCAAAACUGCUACAUGUUAUACACUGCAAAUCUGAAGAUUUUGGGAUGCCAUUAUAUCCUAUUUUAGCAACAAACACAGAUAUGACUGUCCUUAUAAAUUUAGGCCAAAGCAGCUUCCAAUAUAGUCCAUCCAAUGCUUAUAGGACUCCUAAUCCGUGCUUUGUCGGCCCUGUCGUCGACUUAACUCCGGCUGCCUUUGGCUAUGAAGAUAGCAAAGAGUUGUUCUCCAUGGGUCGGAUCAAUGCAGAAUGGCUGACCCAUACUCCUACUAUUUCAACUGCAAUCAGCAAUAGUAGAAGUAAUAAGGUACUCGAUUCGGAGGAUGAAUUAUUUGAAAUUGUUUUAGAUACUAUUAACAAAUGACUUUAUUUUUGGAGGAAUUCAUUUUCAUGAAAUUUAUUUUAGGGUAUACUAAAAGAUUUCAUAGAUUCUUUUUAAAAAAUAUUUUGUUGAU